UGCAUAGGCAGAGCGUCCAUGCAGAUCUAUUCCGCGAACGGUAUCUAUUACUUAUUUCCCUGAAUAACGGUAACUUGAUUACGGUGAAAUCUGUUACGUAUUUUAUGACCUGUAACGAUCUUUGUUUUUUACCCGGGUUUCCAAACACACGCACAUAAAAUAGUGUGCAGUUGCAAUUUUGAAGCAAUCUGCAUAUCGGACAAACCACGGACUCGGCUUGUUAUUCUUUUAAAAGAUACAUAACAUUUAUGUUGGAAUAAUGUGAUAUUUUUUUUAUAUCGGAUAUAGAAGUAAUUUUUCUUGUAAAAUAUGAACGAAGUCGAAACAAGUUCUCAUCUUCUGGUUGCUGCUUUCGACUUUGGGACGACAUUCAGUGGUUAUGCCUAUUCAUUUCGUGACAAACCUUUACAGAUAUACACGAACAAUACUUGGAAUGAUGGUACCUAUCUCUCUUUGAAAACACCUACAUGCUUAUUGCUAGACCCUGAAGAGAAAUUCCAUUCCUUUGGAUAUGAAGCAGAAAAUAAAUACAAAAAGCUUGUUGAAGACGACGAGCACCAUAGUUGGUUGUUUUUCAGACGUUUCAAAAUGUUAUUGCAUAAGAAUAAGAAAUUAAAUAAACAAACGACAGUCAAAGACAUUACGGGAAAGCGGCGUAUGUUUGCCAUUGACAUUUUCUCAAUGUCAAUACGUUAUCUGCGGGACCAUUUCUUUUUGGAACUUCAAAAGCAAUAUUCGGGCAUCGAACAGACUGAUAUACAGUAUGUCAUAACGAUUCCCGCAAUCUGGGAUGACAACGGUAAACAGUUCAUGAGGAUGGCAGCAUUACAGGCAGAUAUUGAUGACAAAAAGCUGACACUUGCUUUAGAGCCAGAAGCUGCAUCUAUCUGUUGUCAAAAGAUUUCUGUUGAUUCAAAAGACAAAACAAAUAUGUCUGGUUUGCAAUAUAUCGUGAUAGACAUUGGAGGUGGCACUGUGGAUAUAACGGCUCAUCAAAUAAAUGACAAUGGAACGUUAACCGAAUUGUACAAAGCAAGUGGAGGUCCAUGGGGUGGAAUAUACGUCGACCAAAACUUUUUGAACUUUUUAGAUGAUUUAUUUGGAGAGCAAGUUAUAAGCUUUUUUUAAAGAAAACAAUCUUGAAGACUAUUGGGAUAUGAUGCGAGCAUUCGAAACCAAUAAGAGGCAGGUAAAAUUUGCUGAUUCUUACGGACAGGAGCAAACGUACAUUACUAUUAAGCUGCCUUUAGCUUUAAGGACGACUUCAGAGAAAGAAAAUGGCAAAGUCUUGGAGGAAUUGAUAAGUUCUUCGUCUUUCUCAUCGGACAUUGUUACUAAAAAAGACAAAAUUAGAGUUAAAGUAGAAUUAGUGAGGAAGUGGUUUGAGGGACCUGUUAAUGAUAUCAUACGCCAUAUUGAAGAUCUACUAAAACAACCGGAAAUACGUCAAGUUUCAACUUUGAUCUUGGUAGGUGGUAUGGCCGAGAGCUGUUACGUACAAGAAAAAAUUAGAUAUGCAUUUUCAUCAAAGCGCUUGAUCAUACCAAAAGAUGCCGGUUUGGCAGUACUUAAGGGAGCAGUUGUUUUUGGACAUCAGCCUUUGUCUAUAUCAGUACGAGUUAUGAGGUAUUCUUAUGGCAUAGAAAUGUUCAAACGGUUCAAUUGCACGAAACACGGAUCCUCAUUAAAGGUAGAAGUUGAAGGGAAAGCAUAUGUUGAUAACGUGUUUCAUGUGUUUGUGAGAGCAGGCGACACGGUAAAAGUUGGUCAGGAAGUUACGCAUUUCUCUUCUCCAGUCAACAAGGAAUUCUCUUUGUAUCCGAUCUACCGCUCAGUUUGCAGUGAUCCAAAAUAUACGACAGAAUCCGAUUGUGAAAUGGUCGGGUUACUGACACUUAAACAUGUUGGACAAGAUGAUUUUGAAAGCAAGAAGGUUAAAUUAACUAUGAUAUUUGGAAAUACGGAGCUUGUUGUUAAAGCUGAAGGAAUAGAUACCGAAGAGAAAAGUUCCUCGGCAUUCAAUUGUCUAAUGGAGUAAAAAGACAACUCCUGUUGGACUUCUUAACACUAAGUUAUUGCAUCUAGACCAUUUUUACAAAAAAUAUUUCUUAUUUCAUUUAAUAAGCGGUGAAGAAUGAUAAUUAAGGAAGAGAUCUCCCCUUUUUCCAGUUUUGAUAUUUUGUGUUUGUUUGUGAUUUUGUUUGAUUACUAAUUUUCGAAAACAGUUUUAUGUAUUAUUCAAGAUGAAACGUUUGAACUGGGUUUGGAUGAUAGAUACAUGUGUGUGUGUGUGUGUGUGUGCGCAUGUGUGUGCGUGUGUGCGUGCGUGUGUGUGUGUGUUUGUGUGUAAAAUUUACACCUUAUGAUUAGGAUUUUUUUAUUUUACAUGUAUUAAGUUUAUUUAACAGGAAUAUAUACUAUAAUGUCAAUUUAGAAUAAAUUCUUCCUAAAGAAAGUCGGCCAAGGGUUUAAGGAACGUUUUAUCAACCUGCCAUUGAUUGCCUGGAAGUGUGAAUGGACCCAUUAAUCCGCGCCUACAGGCGCGGUGCUAUUUGUGUAUUUUUGUCCAUGGACCUGAUUUUGAUCAAUGAAUCCCUCCGAUUUACAGUUAGAAAUAAAUUCGGAACCAAAAAUUCCUUCAGAUUUCUACUAUGUAAAGGUAUAUAUUGGUUUCCCUUUCAGUGAUUUGCAGCAUGUCAUAUUAAUGAAUGAGAACGGGAACAAAUUUCACGCGUCAUCCACUGGGAAGGCAGUAUAAAUAACAAAACAAAAAUAAACUUAAAUUCGGUAAUUUAUUUCUUACAUUUGUAUAUUCUACAGGAAAUAACUAAUUAUUUUGUAGUACGCAGUGCGUUAUGCAUUUAUUUCAUUGCUGCGAAAAACUUGUUACAUGAAUUCGAAAGCUAUAAAUAGAUGACCUUAUAACAGUGUGAAAAAUCCGAAAUCUAUUUAUGGAAGAAGUAUUUUUAGUUUUUGAGUCUGUUUAAGAAAAGAUAUUAAAAAAAUCUAAUCGGGAAAAAUUGACUGCAAAAAAAGCUUUUACUGAUCAGAGACUUAUAUUACAGAUCAAAUACAGUUAGAUGUAGCUUAUGUAAGAAAAACUAAUGUGUAGUCUCCCUUCACCAUAUGAAUGUUUUCGAUUUGUCUCCCUUUAGUAUAUCAUGAUAUACCAUUUGCCGGGAAACAUGUAACGGACAUUUUGAAAAAUAUAGUCGGUGAAAGAUUUUGU